AUGACUGUCGCGCAGGCUUACAGUGAAGUGACCUUCAGCCUCGUUGCCAACUUCUUCCUUACCACCUUCCCGACGAACAUGCUGAAGUUCCCGGUCUUCGAGAUCAUCAAUAGGGCAAUGAUGUUCACAGACCUGUCGCCAGGAGUUAGUGGCUUGAUCAGUGGAUGGUUGUUCUGCACCAUCAUGCUCCCGGUGACCAACUACCGAUUCCGCAAGAGCAUGGGGUGGGAGAUCAAGGUCUCACUGCUGUACCAAGCCUAUAUCCCUACCGUCGCCCGCGACAUCAUCUAUGGCUGGGCUCGUGGACUGGCCAACACCUACCUGCAGGACACCAUUGCCCCGACCACCUUCACCCACAAGGCUAUGGUCUUCGGCCUGACCAUCUGGGUCUCCUGCAUCAUCUCAUCCCCUUGCAACGAGUGGCGAGGGUACACUCUGCAGCCCCCAGACAAGAAGCUGCCUUUCAACAUCUACUUCAAGCCCAUCAACUAUGCUCGAUCCACAGGAAUCGGCUCCUCCAUCAUGGGCAUUGCGCUGAUGUUUGGCAUGCUGGUUACACCUUACGCCGAGGAUGCUUUCGCGUACAUGAAGGAGCACACAGCCCUGGCUCUGGGCAUCGUUGCCGUCCUCAUCGUUGCGAUCGUUAUGGCCACCAAGUAG